AUGUCAUCCCGUCGUGAAGAAAGCCAUAAUUUGGUAAAAUACAUACAUACAAAGCUCGUAUCCACUUCCGAGUCAUCGUUCACAAAAGCCGAUCUUGAACAAUUUGGGAUUUCAGUUGACAACUUUAACCCCACAGACCCCAAGUUCCUUAAUGACAGAAAGAAGUGUCUUUUUAAGCCGUUCGACAAAGAGGAUAUUAAAAGAUUCGAACUCCCGGGUAGUGGUGAUACCGCAUACGAAGCCGUGCAUCAUCGCCUUAACAUCCAAGAUAUGCCUUCCCACUCGCGCCUUGCUCAGGAGCCAAAGGAAGAUGAGAUAAUGCGGGCCACGAGGAAGGUUAUUGGAUACCUUCAGACAAACUUAACUUUCCGAUACGAAGGGAGAACUAGGGCAACUAGGGGGAGGAGGCCUUUGUCAGAGGAGCUCGGGUGGACGGAGAUUGAAUGCGAAGAAUUUACCGGCGGAUGCCCAGGACUGUUGUUCUCUACACCUGGAAGAUACAUAGGAGAAGACUUCCCCGGUUGGAGGUUCCGGUCGCUACAGGAAUGGUGGACGAAGGAUUCAUGGGAUGCUGAUGUGCUAGCUGGGCCCUCGAUUCAAAUAAUCAUUGCCACCGAUGGAGUCGGUAAAGCAGACGGAUUACUCCUUAGUGAGAUUGGGGCAAUAGUUCAGGUGAUCGAGUUUCGCCAAAUCCAGCCCGAGUUCAGCCAUUGCCAUAUAUUCCCAGUCCUAAUGCUAUCUUUCUUCGGGCCUCGACAUGGAAGGAUCCUACAGGCCUACUACGACUCGCGUUCACAAAAGCUCGAGCUACGCAUUUCACCAAUCUUCAGUUUUCUGAAAAAGAACGAUGAGUCCUUCGAUCUCUUUUUGCGAUUCAUGGCAAGCCACCCGCCCGAGGCAAGGAAUCUUGAUCUUUCCAAACUUUCACUUGAAUCUCGCUGA